UCUAUCACACAUACAUUACACACACUUGCCGAGAAGAAACACAUAACACUCUCUGAGUCCCACACCUCUUCUUGCUUCUCACAAAGAUGGCUAGAACACCAUCCUGUGACAAAAGUGGACUGAGGAAGGGAACAUGGACUGCAGAAGAAGAUAGGAAGUUAAUUGCUUAUGUCACUAGAUAUGGCUGCUGGAACUGGCGCCAACUCCCCAAAUUUGCAGGUCUUGCAAGGUGUGGGAAGAGUUGUAGAUUGAGGUGGCUAAAUUAUCUAAGGCCAGACAUCAAAAGAGGGCAUUUCACUCAAGAAGAAGAAGAGAUCAUCAUCAGAAUGCACAAAAAUCUAGGCAAUAGAUGGUCUAUCAUUGCGGCUGAGUUACCAGGAAGAACAGAUAAUGAAGUGAAGAACCAUUGGCACACCUCCCUCAAGAGGAGAGUUCAACAGAAUGAAGAAGCCAAAGUCUCAAACUCAAAAAAUGAAGGACCCACUUCAGGGAAUGGAAUUGGCUCCCUUCAAGUUACUCCUCCAGCAACUUCUCAAAUCUCAGACAGCACUGGUGCACUAUCUCCAUUCUCAUCCUCUAGCGAGUUCUCUUGCAUAAGUUCAGAUCUGAAUACUACUUCUUCCAGCAAUGAAAAGUUGGUAUUUGAAGAUGAUUUUGAUUUUCUGGAUGCAUUUGCAGAGCAUGUCAAUGAAAAGUUCUGGUCAGAGCUUCAAAUUGAUGCUAAUGGUGCUCUUCAAAAUCAAGACACUACCCAGAUUCUUGAUGCUUGUGCAUUAUCUCCGAAUCAAUCGUCCAGCCAAAGUUUGGCUCUUGAUAAUGCCUUGGGCAACUUUCUGGAUGCAAACACAGAUCCAACAAUUGAUAAUUUUUGGGGACAGCCAUAUGUUACUGACACGUCCUUUGCGGCUGAAUCUGAAUAUUUUUCUAUAGGAUACGAUGCAGAUCUUUGGAGUCAAAGUGAUUUGUACGACGAACCUUUUUGCUUAUUCUAGUAAAUAAAUUAAAUUACUCCAGGAGCAUAAGUAAUUUCAGAGUCACGCUUCUGUUGUAUAUAAUAUCGUUGUACUUUACAUGAGAGUGAGUGCUGAUGCCCCUUCAUAACAACUCUAGUAGUUUAUUGACAUGAAGUCUAUUUAACAACUCA